AACGCGCGCAGUUUGAAACAGGACAAACGCUUCAUACGCUCCUAUAACAUCUUUUGAGAUAAAUAUUUAAAGACGGUGUACAACUUGUUAAUUUUCAACAGGAAUGGCGUUGUUAGAGAGGAUGACAUUAGACGUUAUUCAGAAGGCGUUUGAGAAGACAAAAUCCCAGAUACAAUUCCCAGAAGGCGAGCCAGUUUUGGUCGACGAGAGAAAUAUGGAAGACGCCAUCGCGAUCAUGAGGGACCACUUUUUUCCGGACGAUCCCCUCGGCGUCGCCACUGAUCAGACUCUGACGCCGGACAUGCGCAACAUCUGUCUGGCUAUCUUCCAGUCGAAAAUCAGCUUCCUUGUCCUCGACCGAACUUCCCGCGAGCCGAUAGCUGCCCGCUUCAUGCGCGUCAACAGGCGCGUCGAGACAAUGACGGCGGACAUGUUCACUGACCCUUCAUUGAAGAUGCUGGUUGGGCUCAUUGAUAUCAUCGAAGAAAAGGCGAACAUCUUCGAGAGGUUUCAAGUCGAUGAAGCUAUUCAAUUCUUCGGGAUGUGCGUACGGAGGGAUAAAAGGCGCCGGGGAAUCGGUACGAAACUUGUGGAAUUUUCCAUCCAGUUCGUGAAAAAUCUUGGUAUCCGGCCUAUAUGCAUCCGAGGCGAACCAACAAGCAAGUUCUCGAUCCGCAUAUAUGAGAAAAGCGGUCUCCGGCACGUGGUCACAAUGGAUUAUGCUGGAUACCAGAAAGACGGGCGUCCGGUCAUGAAGACGGUUCCCGGCGAGGAUGUUUGUUGUGUAUACGCGGCUAAGUACGAGUGAACUAUUCAAAAAUGACUACCUAUCACGUGACAUGUAAUGUAGUGUGUUAUGUAUAUCGGAUUGUACAAUUAGUAUUUUCUUAUCUGACCGGUUGAUUUACAACAUUUAAUCGCAGUGAAUUCUUUCAUAGAAAAUAAAAGCAAAGUUUAUAUAAAUUUAACACAUAUAGUUGUAUUCAGAAUCCAGUUGUAUAUGUUCUUAGAUGUACUUUAACCCAUUCUAUUGUCCAUGGUAUUGUUUGGAUUAUUAAUUGCAAUAACACUGACCUUUUUUUUUAGUAAUCAGUUCUUUUUUAUGCCUACUUAACCAUUAUACGACAUAUAUGAUGAACAAAAAUACUUAUUAAAUGUCUACACAAUUGUUUUUA